AUGACCUAUGAUGAUCUGAGAGGAAGCUUACUUGUUUUUGAAAACACUUAUUUGAAAAAGGAUACAAAGAAGAAAGGGGUUGCUCUCAAAUCAGUCACUGAAUCUUUGGAUGAAGAAUCCAGUGAUGAUUUAUCUAACGAUGAUUUUGUUUUGUUUGGUAAGAAAAUCAGGAGAAUGAUGAAGCAAAAGGAACGAAACAAAGGAGGCAGUUCAAGGAAACCAAAAAGGGAUUUAAGCAAGGUCAUUUGCCACAACUGCAGAGAAGUUGGGCACUACAAGUUUGAUUGUCCAAAAUUGAAGAAAGAGGACAAGCCGAAAAGUGAAAAGAAGAAGGGACUCAUGGCGUCUUGGGAAGACUUGGAGAAUGACUCUGAGGAGGAGGAAGAAUCAGACAGAAAAUCUCAAACAUGUCUCAUGGCCGAUUAA